AUGCGCUUCCAGGUCAUCGACUAUCUACUUGUCCUAGCACAUAUUGUGCUAGGACAGAAAAGCAGUGUCCAGACUGUACCUUCUGUUAGCACCAAAGGCAUAGUUUCAUCAGGCUCAACCAGUACAUACUACGGCCCAACAAGUAUUUCCACCUCAAGCUCAUCCAGCACUAUCAAACCCAGCCUCCCAGGCUCCCCCAUUUCCAAUUCUUCAACAAAUUCCAGCGUGCCCUUCUCAACUCGUCACCCAAUAACUACCCCAAACAUUACCACACCAACUAUGACCUUCUCCUGGCCACCAAAGGAUACGCAAGCUGGGCAGCCUUCAUACUGUAUCCGAUGGCAUCUCGCAUCAGCGAUAGAUACUUGCGAGAGUAUACUAGCCCCUAUACUCUUCAAGUUUGACUAUGGCCAAUCUGUAAGUUUGAGAUCCUGUGUAUUUGAGACACAACGUUUGGUUUGAAUUGACUAAGGAGCAGGCAUGCUUGGAAUCCAGCUUUAGGGGAUGACUGUUCUGGACUAUACGACAGUUGGUGGUACUGUAUUGAUAUACAAGCACAGUCUUCCCUUACCUUAAGGUACGUGUCACAAACUCUUGAGGCGUCAUUACCACCUGCAGACACUUCGUGUUACUCAAUGGUUCAGGAGGUACAAGAGCUAAUUUGGGCAACAGUUUUCCCAGUGAUGAUAAAUCAACGAUGACAAUUCCCCCCAUGUUUCCUUUGACUCCUACUACGUUUCCAGCAGUCAACACCAGCUUUACAGCAACACCAACACAAGCGGGUAUAGCGAAAGGGUGUCAGGCAUUCCACCAAGCGGUAGCGGUAAAUUUCCAAUUCCACUAGCUGUUUAAACACAGUCUGACAAAAGCAUAAUCACAGGGCGAUACGUAUGCCGCAAUUGUCACACUAUACUCGUUUAUCACGUUAGAGCAAUUCUACGCUUGGAAUCCCGCCGUCGGAACACAAUGUCAAAAUUUAUGGGUGGGGUACUGGUACUGUGUUGCAAAUUUUGGACCAAAUGAUAUCCCAGCAGUUCCUGUUGUGACUGCGGCUUCAACUUCCCUGGCCCCAGGAACAGUUAGUAAUUGCACAGCAUGGUAUCUCAGUGAACAAGGCGAUACGUGCGACUUGAUCUCUACUAUAUUUGGAACCUUCUCCGUCAAUGAUUUCAUUGAGUGGAAUCCUGUUGUCUGGGAUGAUUGUUUAGGAAUCAAAGUAUGUCGUUCCUUAUCCAGGUUAUCCUUGAAAACUGCGCCGAUUGUAGAAAAUAGACUGAUACAUAAACUCAGCCAAACACCUACUAUUGUAUUGCAAUUCCUGGGACACCAACGACUCGCACCGCUCCCCUCAUGACAGGAACAAUUUCAUCAGACAACCCAAAACAAUCUGGUAUAGCACUAAACUGUGUUAAAUUCUGGCAUGUUGGAUUGUAAGUCAUCCUUCGUUUGAACGAGAAAAUACUCUAAUGAUUCUCAUCAGGACUGAUAACUGCUGGUUUAUCAUUUCUUACGCGGGUAUUAGCGAGUCUGGUUUCUUUGCUUGGAACCCUGCGGUCAGUACUCCAGGCGUAGGGAAUUGUAAAGCAUUGAUUCCCGACACCUAUGUGUGCAUUGCUGUGCAACAAAGCCCUGCAGUUACGACCGCUACUUCAUGA